AUGAAAUUCCUUUCUAUCUUCCUUAUCGCCAUUCUUGCUCUCGGAGCACUUUCCACCGAGUUGGAGACUAAUUCUCAAGUUCAAGGAGGACAGGGAUUGACUACGAAGAUGAAGGUGACCACUACUCAUAAGCAAGUUACUGAAGAGCAUCCACGUCAACGCCGUUGGGGAUACUACGGUGGAUACGGUGGAUACGGAGGAAUGGGAUACGGUGGGAUGGGAUACGGACGUGGAUACGGUAUGGGAUACGGAGGAUACGGAGGAUAUUAUGGAUAA